CUCCAUGCCUCCACCUCCUCUCUUUCGCUCUGUCUGCACUGUUUGCACGCACAGAGGGCAGGGAAAAGUGCGGGGCAAGGGACAGCAAGGAGAAAAAAUAAAACAGAAGCAGCUUCUGGAUUUUCGUUCAAACGCAUUCCUGCUGCAUCAUUACAAGCGAACAGGCGACUCAGCUCGUAAAAAAAAAAAAAAAAACCUGAGAUGUGUUUACCCAGAACACACAGUUGAGGUUGAUCAACUCUUCUUUCAUAGCACCUGGACACUUGGACGAACUGUAAGAAGGAAGGUGAUCACCUGGAGCAGGUGGAGGAGAACCUCUCCGACUCUCACAGGGGAAAUUUGACCUGCCUGAUGUCAAACGAGGAGUGCCGUUCACCCAUCGGCCUGGACUGCUGUAGUUGCUGUCUAGAUUUGGCCAAUGGGUGCGAGCCGGAACCAGGCCGAUCGGGCCACACAAGUCUGGGCAGUCCAACAUCGGUUAACCACUUCAGACAGCUCCGGGACCAGCUUCACUUUCAGAACCUCAACACAGAUAAGCUCAACAACAUCAUGAGACAGGACUCUCUGGAGUCGGUGGUUCGGGAUCCCUGCUACCUGCUCAAUGAGGGCAUCUGCAACAGCAACAUCGAUCAAACCAUGCUGUCCAUCCUGCUGUAUUUCCACAGAUAUUUUAAAGAUGUUAAGUUGAAGGAGGAGAACCCUCAGGAGGGAGGCCUGAGUAGAUGGCAACAGAGAGGGAUAUUUUCGGGGCCAGCUGAUUUAACUAAAGGAAAGAGGAGAGAGGCAGGACUGGAGUUACGGACUUACCCGCGUCGGGUUACCAGAAGAAUACCCUUCUCAGAGCCCCUGGAGAGUCUUCUGGAGCUGUGUGAAACUUCAGCCUCUGCCCUAUGCCCACAAUGCCCGCCAGUGUCAGCUCCAGUUCCAGAGCAAGCUCCUUCUCCAGAUGACACCGUUCUCACGUCUCAAACCACCAGACGAGGGCGGCGCAGGAGGAGGAAGGCUCCAGCCCCAGAGCGCCCGCCAGUGUCAGCUCCAGCCACAGAGCGCCCGCCAGUGUCAGCUCCAGCCACAGAGCGCCCGCCAGUGUCGGCUCCAGCCACAGAGCGCCCGCCAGUGUCGGCUCCAGCCCCAGAGCGCCCGCCAGUGUCGGCUCCAGCCCCAGAGCGCCCGCCAGUGUCGGCUCCAGCCCCAGAGCGCCCGCCAGUGUCGGCUCCAGCCCCAGAGCGCCCGCCAGUGUCGGCUCCAGCCCCAGAGCGCCCGCCAGUGUCGGCUCCAGCCCCAGAGCGCCCGCCAGUGUCGGCUCCAGCCCCAGAGCGCCCGCCAGUGUCGGCUCCAGCCCCAGAGCGCCCGCCAGUGUCGGCUCCAGCCCCAGAGCGCCCGCCAGUGUCGGCUCCAGCCCCAGAGCGCCCGCCAGUGUCGGCUCCAGCCCCAGAGCGCCCGCCAGUGUCGGCUCCAGCCCCAGAGCGCCCGCCAGUGUCGGCUCCAGCCCCAGAGCGCCCGCCAGUGUCGGCUCCAGCCCCAGAGCGCCCGCCAGUGUCGGCUCCAGCCCCAGAGCGCCCGCCAGUGUCGGCUCCAGCCCCAGAGCGCAGUCCAAUGCCAGUUCCAGUCUGGCUUCUGGCCUUACCGGCGCCACCCAAGCUCCUCGCCCUGCCGGCGCCACCCAGGCUCCUCGCCCUGCCGGCGCCACCCAGGCUCCUCGCCCUGCCGGCGCCACCCAGGCUCCUCGCCCUGUCGGCUCCAGCCCCAGAGCGCAGUUCAAUGCCGGUUCCAGUCCGGCUCCUGGCUUUACCGGCGCCACUCAAGCUCCUCGCCCUGCCGGCGCCACCCAGGUUCCUCGCCCUGCCGGCACCACCCAGACGUCUUGCCCUGCCGGCCCCAACCCGGCUCCUCGCCCUGCCGGUCCCAGCCCGGCUCCUGGCAUUACCAACGCCAUCCAGACGUCUUGCCCUGCCGGCACCUCCCAGACGUCUUGCCUUGCCGGUCCCAGUCCGGCUCCAUGCCCUGCCGGCUCCAGUCCAGCUGCCUCCAGUCCCGCCGGCUCCAGUCCAGCUGCCUCCUGUCCCGCCGGCUCCAGUCCAGCUGCCUCCUGUCCCGCCGGCUCCAGUCCAGCUGCCUCCAGUCCCGCCGGCUCCAGUCCAGCUGCCUCCAGUCCCGCCGGCUCCUGCCCAGCUGCUUCCAGUCCCGCCGGCUCCUGCCCAGCUGCUUCCAGUCCCGCCGGCUCCUGCCCAGCUGCUUCCAGUCCCGCCGGCUCCUGCCCAGCUGCCUCCAGUCCCGCCGGUUCCUGCCCAGCUGCCUCCAGUCCCGCCGGCUCCUGCCCAGCUGCCUCCAGUUCCGCCUGCUCCAGUCCAGUUGCCUCUCCAGCCGGCUCUCCUAAAACCCCCUGCCUUGUGCCUCCUGCGGGAUCAUCCAUGGGUCAUCCCUCCCGACCCUCCCUGGUGGUCCUUCCCACUACUUGGGACAGAUUCACCGGCCGCACCCUGGCUUCCUGCUGGGGUGCCUGACCCACUGCCUGACCAUGAUCUGGCCCUCCCAUCCCUCCCUUUGUUCCUGCUCCGCUCCGCCCCCCCUCUUGGAACCAGUCUGGGAGCGUCUGGAAGCCGCUCUUUAGAGGGGGGGUAAUGUCACAUCCGUCUGUGACCACCUGAGGGCGCUGUAGCGCUCUAGGACUUGUAGGCGCUACAGUGCCCCAGGGAAAAAACUACAUUCUCAUACAUCCCACGCGCAUACACCGGAACACUUACACUGACCCGUCAUCUCAUCUGUUUUGUGUUACCGUUGAUUAUCUGGACUAUAUAUUCUACCAUUCCACCUAUGUUUGUCAUCGCGUCGUUGUCUACCUUGUCUUCCUUUUUCAAGUUUCCAGUAAGUCUUAGAUUUCCAAGUUUGUAUUUCUGAUCCUGUUCUCGUAUGUUUGCAUUAGUCUAGUUCGUGUGUCAUUUGUCUAGCCUGUUUUCUAAUUAGGUUUAGUUGUUUGAGUUUGUUUUUCCUGAGCCUCGUCUCUGAUUUAGUUUCUGGUUUUGUUGUUUAUUUGUUACUUUGUAUUAUCACCUUGUUGGCUGCACUGUAAAUAAAUAAUCUGCACUUGGAUCCGCA